CCUCUAGUAUUAGAGGCUAGUCGUGGAUGGAGGAACAUAUGGUCCCGAGUGACUGCUUCCCAAGGAGGCCAAUAUAAGGCCUGCACGCAACGUCAUCAACUGCAAGGUGUUCGUCAAGGACGAUCUGUCGGACUGGGAUGCAGUGCAGAAGCUCGU